UUUAGAUUCUGUCUCACAUUGGAGAGUUUGUCUUAACUCUACUACACUAUGCAAUAUUAUUUCUAAUUCUAUUUCUGAAAUUCUUCAAAACUCAGCAUUAGACUUAUCUAAUAAUCAAAAAGAUGAGCUUAUUCAUAAAAUUCAAAAUCAUGCAGCCUUUAAUGAUAUAUCACUAAGACCAAACGAACCUCCUUUGAAUAUUACACUUAAAGGUUUCAUUCCAAUAUCUUUGACCCAAACUAUUCAACAAUAUGAAAUUUCAUACUAA